CAGUGGCAGCAGUAAACAAGACAGCCCAUCCUUACCAUUCUUGGAGAAAAGCAGAACCUCCCACCAUACAAAGGGAAACAGCUCUAUUGAAGAGGUGGUUCAAACAGCAGCUGACAACUCGAUCCGCAGUGACAAUCUGCCUUCAUUACCUGAUUCUGUUUCUGUUGCCAUUGAGUACUCUGUUAAGUUCGAUGACUCAAUGACUGAAGAUGACACUGAAGAGAAAUCCUUCCGUCCCCUUCUGCCAUCAAAGAGCCAUCGCUGCUUGAAAAUGGGGAAGAAACGCAGCCAGCAGGAUGAUUCUGAUGAAGACAUACUGCAGGAUCAAUCGGCUUCAGUAGCUGUAAAA